UUGGUGAUCUGAGGAGGACGCCUGUGUAGAUGAGCAAAAAAUAAAUAAAUACGGGCACCUCAAUGAAUUAGUUUGCACAAAAAGGACAGAAAGUUGACAGUGCUGUUGAAUUAUUUUUUCACUAGUUGCGAGGCUGUAUUUUCCGGUGACAUGCCGUCCGUUCCUUUGCCCCCGAAGGAGAGUAACCUAUUUAAGAGAAUUCUGAAAUGUUACGAGCAAAAACAGUACAAAAAUGGCCUGAAGUUCUGCAAGAUGAUUCUCACCAACCCAAAGUUUGCAGAACAUGGAGAAACCCUGGCCAUGAAGGGGCUGACGCUGAACUGUCUGGGAAAGAAGGAGGAAGCUUACGACUUCGUCAGGAGGGGCCUGCGCAACGACUUGAAAAGCCACGUCUGCUGGCACGUGUACGGCCUCCUCCAGAGGUCAGAUAAGAAGUACGACGAGGCGAUCAAGUGCUACCGCAACGCGCUGAAGCUGGACCGGGACAACCUGCAGAUCCUGCGGGACCUGUCACUGCUGCAGAUCCAGAUGAGGGACCUGGAGGGCUACCGGGAAACCAGGUACCAGCUCCUGCAGCUGCGGCCCACACAGAGAGCCUCGUGGAUCGGCUACGCCAUCGCGUACCACCUCCUGAAGGACUACGACACUGCCUUAAGACUGCUGGAGGAGUUCCGCAAGACACAGCAGGUGCCUCCGAACAAGAUAGACUACGAGUACAGCGAGCUGCUGCUGUACCAGAACGAGGUGAUGCGGGAGGCCAGCCUGUUCCAGGAGUCCCUGGAGCACAUCCAGACGUACGAGAAGCAGAUCUGCGAUCAGAUGAAGGUGGAGGAGAUCAAAGGCGAGAUGCUGCUGAAGUUGGGGAGGCUGGAGGAAGCCGCCAGGGCGUACCGGAUCCUCAUCGACCGCAACGCGGAGAACUGGGCCUACUACCAGGGCCUGGAGACGUCCCUGCAGCCCUGCACUAUGGAGAAGAGACUACAGAUCUAUGAAGAGGUGGGUAACAGGCACCCAAAGGCUCUGUCCCUGAAGAGACUGCCACUGAACUUCCUCACAGGUGAACUGUUUAGGGAAAAGAUCGACAAGUUCCUAAGAACAAACUUCAGCAAGGGAUGUCCCCCGUUGUUUACAACUCUGAAAUCUCUGUACAACAACCCGGAAACGGUUUCUGUAAUACACGAACUGGUCUCUGGGUACGAGCUCUCCCUGAGGACGUGUGGCCUGUUCAGUCCCAACGAGAGCGCGGAGAAGGAGCCGCCCACCACGCUGCUCUGGGUGCGCUACUUCCUGUCCCAGCACUUCGACCGGCUCGACAAGAAGGCGCUGGCGCUGGAGGCCAUCGACGCCGCCAUCGAGACCACGCCCACCCUCAUCGAACUCUUCUACGUCAAGGCCAAGAUCUACAAGCACGCGGGGAACCUGCAGGAGGCCGCCCGGUGGAUGGACGAGGCCCAGUCUCUGGACACGGCCGACCGCUUCAUCAACUCCAAGUGCGCCAAGUACAUGCUGCGCGCAGGCCUGGUGAAGGAGGCCGAGGACAUGUGCGCCAAGUUCACACGGGAGGGCACGUCCUCCAUGGACAAUCUGAACGAGAUGCAGUGCAUGUGGUUCCAAACGGAGUGCGCCACCGCCUACCAGAGACUGGGCAAGUUCGGCGACUCGCUGAAGAAGUGCCACGAGAUCGAGAGGCACUUCUUCGAGAUCACGGACGACCAGUUCGACUUCCACACGUACUGCAUGCGGAAGAUGACGCUGCGGGCCUACGUGGACCUGCUGAAGCUGGAGGACGUGCUGAGGAGGCACUCCUUCUACUUCCGCGCCGCGCGCUGCGCCAUCCAGAUCUACCUGCAGCUGCACGACAGCCCGCUGACCGAUGAGAGCCAGGAGCAGGAGGUCAACUCCGAGAACCUGUCGGCCAAGGAGCUGAAGAAGAUGCUGAGCAAGCGACGGAGGGCGCAGAAGAAGGCCAAGCUGGAGGAGGAGAGGCGGCACGCGGAGAGGGAGCGGCAGCAGAAGAACCAGAAGAAGAGGAGGGACGAGGACGAGGAGGAGAUCAGUGGGCCCAGGGAGGAGCUGCUGCCCGAGAAACUGGAGAAGGUUGAAAACCCCUUAGAAGAAGCGAUCAAGUUCCUCACGCCACUCAAGAACCUUGUGGCAGACUGUAUUGACACCCAUCUCCUAGCUUUUGAAAUCUAUUUCAGGAAAGGGAAGUUCCUCCUGAUGUUGCAGUCGGUGAAAAGAGCCUUUGCCGUCCAGGCUGACCAUCCGUGGCUCCACGAAUGCCUCAUCAGGUUCUCCAAAGCCGUCUCCGAUCACAGCAACCUCCACGAAGUCGUCUACAAGGUCCUGUCUCAAGAGAUGCAGACGAUCUUCGCCAACAAGAACUACGACACCUUCAACGAUGAGUUUCUCAAAAGCAAACCGAGCUCCAUCCAACAUCUGCUGUCAGGUGCCAAAAUGAUGUACUUUCUGGAUAACUCCAGACAAGAGAAGGCCAUCUCCAUCGCCACACAGCUGGAGGAGAGUCUGCUGGACCGAAACGUCAAGAUCUGCACUACGGUACUGGAGGCUCUACUGGAUGGGAGUUUCGGCAGCUGUCCGUCACAGGCUGAGGAGUACCGCGCUGCCUGUCACAGACUGUUCCCCCUGGCAACCACCUUCAUGCCGCCCGUCACCGAGGACGACAAGGGCUCCGCCCCUAGGAACAACGGCACCAUCAAUCACGAGAUGCUAACCAAUGAGAUCUGAGCCACUCCAGCUCCACCCCACCCCCCCACCCCCACGGCUGAAUUUCUGGAUCCCCCCCCACCCACUCCUCCUGGUCAGGUGGCUGUGGUACGCAGAUCUUACAGGCUACCUGGACGAAGCCACACUUCUCAUAUAACUCCAUUAAUUAUUUCAAUUUUUUUCUGGGUUUGAAAAAUGCGGCCAUAACUUUUGACUUUUGUCCUCAAGGAUUUCUGAAACAGGGAAGAAUCGAAAGUGACUUCACGGCUCAUGUGUUUUUUUUUUUGUUUUGUUUUUUUUAUUUGUGCCUGACCCGCGCUUAGACGGACCUGCUCCCCAAGCCACAGGAAUAAGACUGAAAAGGACAUUUUGUGAAAACUUAAAACGCCCGAGGAAAGAAGUGGUACAGUUCUCACACGUAGAGCUUUUUCACGCCUUUUUUUUGGUUUUCAAAAGCAAAGUGAUUUUUAUUUCGUUAUGCCAGAUCAUCAGUUAUGUGUACGAAGCGACUCGAUGCCUUUCUUAAACGACGGCGAACGGCAGGGGAAGAGUGUUUCUAAACGUCCUGAAGCUGCAGUGGAUUCUCUUAAACCAGCAGACUGGCAGGACUUUUAUUUUGGCCUAGUUUUUAGAACCUUCCACGGAGAGCAUCAGAUAAAACAUUAAAACCGUAGUUCAGCUAUGCCUUACGCAAUUUUUUUUACUGAAAACAAUGCAACAAUGCACUGAUGUUUUUUUUCUUUUUUUUUUUCUUUUAUAUGGUUUCAUCUGGCCUUUUGCACUGUUAACAUGGUUUUUAAAACUGUAUCUUCCCAAGAGAUGAGACAAAUCUCAUGCAUUAGUCCUUCAGCAUGUUUAGAAAUAAAAUGAUUUAAAAAAAAAAAAAAGAAUAAUUAAAAAAACAAGUUUAAGGAGUUCCCCUCAGGGUGAGUUUGUAUUUUGAUGGCUUUUUAAACCUCAGUAGAUUAGUGGGGCUUUAUACAUUUCCAUAAAGACGACUUCGGAAAGCGCCCUCCGAGCUGGGGGCGGGACUGACGGACGGGGAGAGGGCUCUCAUUGGACAGUUGUUGAAAUGCUAUUUUUUAAUUGGCUCCAGGUGUGUCUUUAUGCAGAAUAUUAGUUAAUGUUUUUGCUGUCUUCUGUGAAAAAAAAAAAAAAAAACCUUCCGUGGUUAUUUCAAAGUUGAAUUUUUUUUUUUUUUUUUUUGUCGGAGUUGUUCUUUUAGGCACCUCAGUGUUACGAUCAUUCAGUUCUGUUGGUUUAGAUGGAUAGCACUCAUUGUGAAUAAUGUUUAAUUAUUUAAAGGACGGGGAGGGGAGGUUUAUCACUUGGUAAUGAUCCUCCACUGCCCUAUGUUUUGCUAUCUUGCAACGUGUAUGGAAUUCUUAAGAGAAGUUUCACUGUAAAGUUUUGCCAAUCUAUGUAAUGCUGUAAUAAAUUAUUUUCUACUCAAA